CCCCGGAUGUAAACAAUAAUUCAAAGACAUAAUGUACACAGCAAGGAGGUACACAGGUGUCUCCAGGUGUCACGUAGUUAAUUUAGACGCUGUGAUAAUAUAAAUGCUUUUUGUGUGUUCAGUUGAAUACCAAACUCUUUGGCUAUAUGACUGACUUUACUUCCUGAAACUAUGGAUGUUAGCGUUGCGAAUGGCAAUAGGGAAAAGGUGUCCGAUUCCACAGACAGUGAUAGCAUUGAAAUUGAGCAGCCAGAAUGGGCUGCAGCUGUGCAGGAUAGAGGUGAUUUGUUUUACGUGGAGGGAAAGAGCAGCGCCGAAAGAAUCGCUGCACCAGUGGAGAGCAAGACUAAUGGCAAGACUAAUGAGAUGAAUACAGUAGUGAACAACAAUUACAAUAAAGUGAAAGGGUUAGUGAACAAAACGAAACAUGAAACGGACAUAUUAAGAGAUCUCCUCACCGACCACGUUCCACAUUCCGUAUCAUUCUACGAUUCGCCGACUGGCAAAGUAAUUGAGGUUUACCUUGACGUUGAUCCUACCAGACGUAACUACGGACGACGAGCAUCACGGUGUGAAACUUUGUUUGGAAUAAUACCAGGCCACUUCUCAGAAAAGGACAGCAAUGGCCUCAGCAAUAGAGACUCGGUGGACGACUUGAGAAUCAUGGUCCAGGGACUACUACCGUCCGGAGAAGCUGAGAGAAGUGGCAACGUUAAACUAGGAGACUGGUUACGAUGUAUCAACGACUUCGAAAUUAACUAUAACAAUGUCAACAGCAUCUUGUCUGCAAUCGUGGGACCGAAGAGGGUGAAACUGACACUGCAAAGAUUCGAUGGAAAACAACGAAGCCCACACGUGGCACGCAAGGAGCCAAUCAAUGCCGGUCUCGUGAAGCUGGUUGCCGGGCAACGGCUGCAGGAAGUGACGUCGGCGCUGCAGGAAGUGCCCAACCACAUUGUGCUCUACCUGACGCUGGAGGGCGUGUCGGAAAAUGCUCAGGGCAAGGAAGAUGUGCUGUACCAGUACCCAGCCGUCGAGAAUAAACUUGUGGAAAUCCGAGGCAUGUUCAUCACGCUGGUUCACAUGAUGCAUGACGUCACAGCUUCUUCGCCCAUCAGCUCGAGUCUGCUGAUUGAUGGCAAGUUGGUGCAUGUGGCUUACUCCAGAGAAGGCCGAGAAGCGCUUGUGCUGGGAUUACCAGCGGACAGAGUUCCCCUGUACCAGCUGAAGAACACUAUGGAGGAUGUGGUGCGGCUCAUGAAAGUACUCUACAAGAGUCUAGGAAGCGCAUUUGGAGACAGGGAAAACAAGCCAGCCUUGGACCAUCUCUUCUCGCUGCUGUUUCAACAGUUGCUGCUAGAUAGCAGUCCGACGACGAAGGCGGAGGAUAAGCUCAUGCAAACUCCCCUCUUCUGUUCUGCAUUCCUCGAAAGCCUGCAGGCAGUUCGCUGGCUGCCUCUGCCAGACUCUGUGAUGGUGAGGAUCAACAACAGUCUCUCUGACCUUGAAGCAGCAGAUUUCGUUGACAUGUCAGAAGAGUUUUACAGCAUUCGUAGGUUUUACACAAUUCUUGGAACUUGUCUUUUUCAUAAGGGCUACCUCAUUGCAAACCACCUGCCAAAAGAAGACCUAUUAGACGUCGCUCUCUACCUGCAAUACUACCACCUGCUAGUGCUGACAUCUGGUGAUCCUGUAGGACAAGUUGUUGUAUGGAAGGAAGUGUUUCCGACACGCCGCCACCAGGGGGCAGAUGAGCCUGUGAUUGCAGGAUACACAGAACCUGAUGGCCGAUGGUUUUUACUCAUUGUCGGCAUGAUGCAUGACAUGCUGGCAGUGUUGCUAGAGGCUGGUGGUUGUGCCACAGCCGCUGAGGGAGCACCAAAACCUGACCCGUUCUACGUAGACCAGGUGAAGAAUACAUUGCUGGAACUACAAGCAGGCGGGCUGGCAGCAGACUGCGAGACCAAACUGCAGUCGCCUUCGAUACCGGCUCUCACUGCAGCUGACUACUUCCUCAAGACGGCCAGCAAGUCGGACAAGAAGGCGGAGAGCUCUCCCAAGCCAGAAUCGUCGCCUUCUCAGCGAGCUAGCAGGACCGAUGCACCCGCCUCGAUACUGAAGAAGAGGCCUCCAUCGCAGCAGAGUUCUGCUGCUUCUCUCGGGAGUUUGGCACAGGCGCACGACCGAGAUUCCGAUGAAGAAUCUGAGGCGAGCAUGCAGUCUGGAGCAGCAAGUGAUAACUCGCACUCGCUCAGGGAGGCGGAGACGCCGCCUCAUCCUCGCAAACUGACUUCUACGCCAUCUGACGAGUCAGGCAGCAGCAUAUUCAAAGCAAACAAGAAGAAGCGAACCAUGAUUAGUGCAACCAGCCUUACCUCGUUGAAGAAGAGCAUGGUCGACCUUACUGUCAGUGAAGAUGACACAUUUCCCAAGCUGACGAGAGGCUGUGAGAACACACUCUUUCAUUAUUUGAGCACAGACGUUGCCGAGGGCGUUUUCGUCUGCCCAGUGACAAGUGGCUCCCCCUCGUGUCCUCUUCAGAAACAGGUGGUGACAAACUUCAACACCUGUUGCAUGGCGAUUAGAACUGUUCUCCAGCAGUCAACUAGACGAAGU